AAGUGUUCCCUCGUCACACCUUCUCAAGUCUUUCUCUCUUUGGUCUGUCUUUAUGUCUUUCUGUGUUGACUGUAUCCUAUUGGCUUUUGGCCAAUAACCUCUCUUUCUUUUCUCACUAUUUUUCCAAUGUUUGAAACCUUUGAGUAUUAAGUUCUCAUACAGUAGGACAGAAAGAACUGCUGAUAGUGCCAGGUGUGUAAGUGUGUAAGUGUGUGAGUUGUUUUCUCAGCUGCUUUGGCUUGAUAAGAUAAAGUGAUUAGAGAAAGAGUGCAAGACCUGGGGCUUUCUCGUAGGCUCUCCGUGCGUCACCUGUCGUCUGUUGAGUCUUUCUUCUGUCUAGUACGUGUCCCAGUGUGGGAGUGUGUGCUGUCUGAAAAUGCAGCCUUUUUUUUUCUUUUUCGGAAAAGGACCACCUCUGGAAUGAGAUCUGAAUGCUCCUUAUUGUGUCCUUGGCUUGUGUGUGUUUGAGAAGGGCUUGUGUGAAGCUAGCAUUUGCUGGCCAGAUUCAGUGGACACCAGCCUGACACCCCACGCUUUGAUGAGGUAACAGUCAACCAAUUUGCCCACCAUCCCACUGAGGAACCAUGGGCCAGAAGAUUUCAGGAAGCAUCAAGUCAGUGGACGUGAGAGGUGAGCCCUCCUACCGCCCUUUACGGAGAGAACUCCGAGGUCCAGAUUUCUUCAAGCCAGCCAGACUCGAUCUGCUGCUGGAUAUGCCAUCAGUGUCUGCUGAGCAUCAGCUACAACAUGCUUGGAACCCAGACGACCGCUCUCUCAAUAUCUUCAUCAAGGAAGAUGACAAGCUGACUUUCCACAGACACCCGGUGGCCCAGAGCACAGACUGCAUCCGAGGGCGAGUCGGCUAUACACGUGGCCUACAUGUUUGGCGCAUUCAUUGGCCCGCCCGGCAGCGGGGCACUCAUGCCGUAGUGGGUGUGGCCACAUCAGAGGCACCGCUCCAUUCUGUGGGAUACACCUCUCUGGUAGGUAGUGACAGUGAGUCCUGGGGCUGGGACCUGGGCCGCAACAAGCUCUACCACAACAACAAAAACCGACCAGCUUCAUCAGCACCCACCUACCCCAGCUUUCUUGAACCUGAGGAAGCCUUUGUGCUCCCUGACACCCUGGUGGUGGUGUUGGAUAUGGAUGAGGGGACACUUAGUUUCAUGGUGGAUGGACAGUACCUUGGAGUGGCCUUUAGAGGGCUCAAGGGAAAGAAGCUGUAUCCCAUCGUUAGUGCAGUAUGGGGACACUGUGAGAUCACUAUGCGCUACAUCAAUGGCUUGGAUCCUGAGCCCCUGCCUCUGAUGGACCUGUGUAGGAGGGCAGCGCGUCUAGCUCUGGGACGUGACCGAUUGCAGCAGAUUGAGACUUUGCCUUUACCCCAGUCUCUAAAAAAUUACCUCCAAUACCAAUGAUGUGGACAGAUCCAUGCAACACACACAGGCUCACCAAGCGCAAGCCUCCAGAUGCAGCAACUCUAGCGCCAACAACAGGGCAAAUGUUUACACUACAAUCUGAGGCUACUACCAGAGAUGUUCUGUUCCUUCCUUUUCCUUCCAAUUUUUUUUUUUAUGUUUUAACUUUCUAUAUUUUGGAUGGUAUGUAGAGGUGGACUGUGAAGUUGGAGUGUAAGGAUGCCGCAGCGCCCUCCACUGUUAGUGUCUCCGUGAAUGUUAGGGCUUGGAAUAAAAAAAGGUUAAACGACUUUGGGAAUGCUCAUUCGAGGCUCAUAGCGAGGCUUAAACAUUCCAGGAGGAAACCUUAGACGACAGACUCUGGAGCUGGAGCUGGAGCUGAAGCGGUAUCCAGUUUCAAGCAGGUCUUACCCGUGCACAAUGGCGACCUCUCACUACCUACAUUAAGACCUGAUUAAUGCGACAGUGCACUGAAGUAGCACAAACACUCCAAGCAAACAUUUUCCCUUCCCAUCUAAUUUGAGUCACUUUUCUGUUUCUGAGUGUGUACCUUAAUGUUAAGGCGAGUGUGAUUUUUUUCCCCCCAAAGUUGAUUUAUGACUAUUAUGAUACUGUUAUGAUCCUGUUACAAAUUUAGUGCUAUGUUUCAUUUUAUUUAUCUGGAUGUAAUUCCUUUUGAAUUGAAUAUGACACUGUGCAUACUAGCACAAGGACAUGAUAAAUCCAUCCCAAAUGGCUUUUUAUUUGAAACCAGGAUGCUGCUCCUUUUUUCUAUUAUUAUUAUUAUUAUUAUUAUUAUUAUUAUUGAUGCUGGUUUGUCUGCGUGAUCAAACUGGAGAUCUGCAGUAAACAGUGGAAUGUAAGGACACUGCUAAACAUUAGUAUAUUUAAAAUGUGAAUAAAUACCAAGUGAAUGAGAACAGUGUUGCAAUUUUUAUUUUGGAAUUGUUGCUGUGAAUGUGUGUGUGGAGGAAAAAGGCAUUGCCUAAAUCUAUUUACAGCAAAACUACAUACUAUAAUUAGAGAUUUUGUCAUCUCACUUCAUAAGAAAAAAAAAAGAUGCGGCCUCAGAAAUAAUAACACGAAUUUAAGAUGCUUAGCGUAGAUAUUAAUCUGUAAUGAAGUUUCCGUUAAGUCCACUGACACGAGGGUUUCUUAAAUAAGUGCAGUGACGACAGAACAUGACUCAGAGCUUUCAUCAAAUACAAUUAUUUCCUUUUCCCCCCACAUUAUUGAAUACUACCUUCCUUUCAUAUCUUAGCUAGAACACUAGAAAUAAAGCAAAAUAAUAUGUCUGUUUCUGGAUGCGACCACAAAUAAAGCUGAUGCUUUCAUCAUAAACAGCAAAAUAUAUAUUACAAUACAUAUUACGGUUGUGCUGUGGUGUAAUCUUUCUUCAGAUGAUGGUGAAGUCUCCCUAUGGGGCUAAACAAAUGUGAAAGCAGAUGCUAACUUAAUGAGUCUGAAGGCAUUUAUAGGAACUUAUCAUUGAAUUACACACUGCCUUUUUGGAGCAAUGCAAAAAAAAAAAAAAAAAAAAUCAGCAUAUAAAUAUUGUACAAUUAAGUUGAAUUAUUAUUAUUGUUUUUAUAAUAUAAUAUAGUGUGGCAUCACUAAAUAUACACUAUCUCACAAAAGGGAGUACACCCCUCACAUUUUUGCAAAUAUUUGAUUAUAUCUUAUCAUGUGACAACACUAAAGAAAUGACACUUUGCUACAAUGUAAAGUAAGUGAGUGUACAGCUUGUAUAACAGUGUGAAUUUGCUGUCCCCUCAAAAUAACUCAAUACCCAGCCAUUAAUGUCUAAACCGCUGGAAACAAAAGUGAGUACCACCCUAAGUGAAAAUGUCCAAAUCGUGCCCAAUUAGCCAUUUUCCCUCCCCGGUGUCAUGUGACUUCUUAGUGUUACAAGGUCUCAGGUGUGAAUGGGGAGCAGGUGUGUUAAAUUUGGUGUCAUCGCUCUCACACUCCCUCAUACUGGUCACUGGAAGUUCAACAUGGCACCUCAUGGCAAAGAACUCUCUCAGGAUCUGAAAAAGAAGAAUUGUUGUUCUACAUAAAAAUGGCCUAGGCUAUAAGAAGAUUGCUAAGACCCUGACACUGAGCUGCAGCAUGGUGGCCAAGACCAUACAGCGGUUUAACAGGACAGGUUCCACUCAGAACAGGCCUCGCCAUGGUCGACCAAAGAAGUUGAGUGCACGUGCUCAGCGUCAUAUCCAGAGGUUGUCUUUGGGAAAUAGACGUAUGAGUGCUGCCAGCAUUGCUGCAGAGGUUGAAGGGGUGGGGGGGUCAGCCUGUCAGUGCUCAGACCAUACGCCGCACACUGCAUCAAAUUGG